AAUCUACCGGCGACGACAGUGACGGCAGAGAAAAGCGGCGGUCUUGGCCGCAAAAACGAUGCAAAACCAGCUAUGGUCUUUACCGCUAACGAUAUAUCAAAAUGGGAAAAUUUUCCAAAGGGACUUAAAGUUCUUCUCCUCGACGGCGACGGCUUAUCCGCCGCCGAAAGCCGAUCAAAGCUCGAAUCCAUGGACUAUAUUGUCACUACAUUCACUGAUGAAUCCGAAGCUCUCUCUGCGGUACUCAAGAACCCGGAGAGCUUCCACAUUGCAAUCGUCGAGGUGAAUUCAAGUGCCGAUAAUGAGAGUUUCAAGUUUCUCGAAGCUGCCAAAAACGUUCUUCCUACUAUAAUGAUAUCGACCGAUCAUUGCAUCACAACUACAAUGAAAUGCAUAGCGCUUGGUGCAGUUGAGUUCCUUCAAAAACCGCUCUCACCGGAGAAACUAAAGAAUAUUUGGCAACACGUCGUUCACAAGGCGUUUAACGAUGGGGGAGCUAGUGUUUCGGAAUCACUUAAGCCUGUUAAAGAAUCUGUUGUAUCGAUGCUUCAUCUUGAUACCGAUAUGGUGACAACAACUGAUGAGAAAGAUCCAGCACCAUCAACACCGCAACUGCAACAAGUUUUACGGUUAGUAGACGGGAACAUAAACUGCUCGACGGAAAACGUACAUUCCUCGACCGAGAAAGAGAACACGGAAGAUCAAGACAUCGGUGAAUCCAAAUCAGUCGACACUACAAAUCGUGAAUUAGUUGACGACAAUGUGAUUGUCAAAGAAGAGAAAGGAGAUAGUGAGAAAGAAGAAGAGGAAGGCGAAAGCGGUGAGCUUAAAGAAGAAGAAGGCGAAACCGGAGAUCUCAGAAGCGAGAAGACAGAUUCAGUUAACUUCCAUAGGAAAGAAGAUGGUGUUACACCUGUUAAUAAAUCAUCCUUCGGGACCAAGAACUUGUCUGGUAACAAAGCUAGUCGAAAGAAGAAAUUUCGGAUGCAUAGGAGGAGUAUUCUUCCAAAAGAGGAUCAUAACCAUCGAUGGAUACAAUCUAGAGAGAACCACAGACAAAUUCAACGGCAAUAUAACGGUUUUCAGCAACAACAACGUCCUGUAAUGGCUUAUCCCGUUUGGGGUCUUCCCGGUGUUCAUCCGCCUGGAGCAAUCCCGCCUUUGUGGCCGCCUCCGCUUCAGUCCUCCGGUCAACUACCUCCGUGGCAUUGGAAACCACCUUAUCCACCGGUGAACGGUAAUGCAUGGGGUUGUCCGGUUGGACCGCCGGUAACCGGACUAUUCCAUUCUCCUCCGGUAACUGGGACAUUCAAUACUCCUCCGGCGACUCAGCUGGACGAGGAAAUGAUUGAUCAAGUGGUUAAAGAAGCGAUUAGCAAACCGUGGCUGCCGCUACCGCUCGGGCUGAAACCGCCAUCCGCCGAGAGCGUUUUGGCUGAGCUUUCGCGUCAAGGCAUCUCAGCCGUCCCUUCUUCUUCCUCCUCCCGUCUCAGCAACGGCUCUCGUCGUCUCCGCUGA